AUGAUAUCCAUGGCCGUCGUCAUCUUCGGCCUCUGGAACGUGCCCAUCGUGCGCAAGCUGCUCAACCCGCUCAAGCUCUUCACCAUCGGCCUGCAUGAGCUCUUCCACAUCUUCCUCACGAUCCUCAGUGGGGGGCGCAUACUCAAGGUGACGAUCGACCCGCAACUGGGCGGCGCGACGAUCGUUGAGAACGGUAUUCCCGGCCUCAUCCUUCCGGCGGGCUACCUAGGCUCGACGCUGAUGGGCGCAUGCUUUGUACUUGCGGGCUUUGACACACUCGUAGCGAAGAUCAUGAGCUUUGUGCUUGCGGUCGGGCUGAUAGCGCCGCUCUCGCUGGUGCGAGACAAACUAACGAUAUUGUUGACCUUGGUAUACGAAGCCCUGCUCAUCGGCUUCUGGUUCAUCGACCACGCGUCUGCGCUACGAUGGUACUGCUUGCUAGUGGGGAUCAUGAAGUGCGUCUGGUAUGCUCAUCAUGUCACAGGGGACGUCGCAGACGACCGCUUCUUCCACAAAGCAAACGACUCCGACGCGACGCAGUUCUCAUUACUGUGGCCUUCACUGAGCGCUCACGUAUGGGCCCUCCUGUGGAUAUUCUUCGCUAUGGGGACCCUAGUAGCGUUCAUAAUGAUCGGGCUCAUCCCGCUAAAGGUGCGCCACUUCAUAGCCCCGACAGAACUAUACGCCUACCUUUAUUCAGAUGAACUCGGAGCAAAUGCGCGUCGAGGCAGGUGA